GUGUAUAUCCUCUGAUAUACCGUUCUGUGCAUGGUGAAUUUAUGGCAGUAUAAGCUAGUCUUGUGACCCAGUUCAGUAUGAAUUAUUUAAGAUGACCAUUUUCCGGAGUAGGAAUGUUUAGUAUGUAAAACAUCUUCAUUACUUAAUUGUGCUUUAAAGAUUCGUGAAGUGGGAUGAGGUGAUUUUAAGUUCAGGUCUGAGUUGCGAUGUGCAGGGAGGUAGAUUUGUAAUAUAGUGAUUAAAGCCUUUAAACGCUAGAAGUGUCAGUGCCAACCAGUGCCAUGUCGUUUACAGACUUGAUAAAUACAGUCUAUAAGGGUUUAAACAAUGAGUUCGGAGCUGAUAAUGAAACUUAUGUCGAUCCAUGUAUCGAAAAGUUGGAUCAUUAUACAUUUUACCAGGCGGCGGUUGUACCAGCGGUACUAAUAAUGUUAUCAUUUUCCUUUACAAAAAAACGAAGGCGAUUACUUCUAGACGUCUUUAAGGGAAAACCGGGACUUAUUUUUCCUAUGGAUAUACUGACAAGAGAUACAAGCAUGUCAUAUGCUGCAGCUUAUGGCGCCACGCUCUAUUUAGUAUACAUUGUUGUAUUUGAACAGAAAUAUGCGUUUGUGAGUAAUGGACCGCCAGAAGUUAAAAGUUUAAUAGUUAUAGCAUCUAUGAUAAUAUAUGGUGUAGUCUUCUUCCCUGUGUUUGCUUGUUUAGCUAUUGGGUCUACCUACGGUUAUUGUGUUGGGUCGAUCUAUAUGUGGUUUUUUACCGGUGCUUCAAUAUAUCAACAAUUUCAGUGUGUUUACAAAAAUGAAACAAAAACAACGCUAGUUCUUGUGGCGAGAAGUAUGCCACAAAUGGUGUGUUUGUUUUAUCUGUGCUGUAGUCUUCCUGGAAGAUUUGUUAUGUCUAUCAAAAAAGGUCGAAACUUUUUCAUGACUCUACAAGAUGAAUACCAAACUGAAACCUUAGAAGAAAUCAAAGAGUCUUACGUGGGCCUUCACGUCAUACGUUUAUUUAAAAAGCCUCUACAAAAGCCCGAUCCUCCGGAAGGGAAACUUAUGAUAAUCAAAUCAAAAGUAAUAAACCUGUGGCAUAGAUUAGUCUAUCAGACAGACGCAGCAUUUAAUUAUUCUUCCCGGUUUUUAUCAGUGAUGUUAUUGGGCGUUUGUUUAAUCUAUAUGCUUACUUUAGAGCUGUCAGUUUCUGUUUCGUUGAUACUGGAUUAUGCUAUAAAAAGUAUGCAAGAAUUACGAGAUGUUGUAGUCCUGGGGGACGGCAGCAUGGAUACAGAAGAAAGUGAAGCAGCUGUAGGGGUCAUUGAAUUUGCCAACCGAGCAAUGAAAUCAAUUAAAUCCUGUUUUAUUGUGUCUAUGUUUCUGACAACGUGUUUGAAUCUUCUUGUUAUAUUACAUAUGAUGUCAUCAUACAGAACAAAUUUGAGAGCUCUACAUAAAGGUGACUACACUCAUAUUCCAUCCAGAACUAGAAGAACAAAUCCAGACUUAUUGGUUGGAAGUAUACGAUACGCUGGUUAUCAAGUUGCCUAUAUAGCAUGGGGUUUUAUAAUACAGUUCACUAUUAUUUUUCUGAUUGGUUUUUCUCUGACUUGUAUAGUGAUUUUUCUCGACUCGGGAUUUAACGAUUGGAUUAUAUCUGUCAUAAAAUCAAUUUGGCCUAUAUUGUUGUCAGCUAUUGUGAUCAGUAUUUUACAAACACAGUUGGCGAGAUUUGCGUUUUUACAAGGAAGGGGAAAGGAAUUGGCAUUUGAAAACAGACGACUGUUAUUUAGUUUUACAUAUUUUAUGUAUUUCUAUAAUAUAUUCCUGGGUUUAAUAUCCUGUUUAUUGAGAAUCAUAAAGGCUAUUGUUAUUGGUGCUCUUCUGUUGUCUAGAUUGGACAAUAGUACAUUACCCGAACGAUUCCAAUUCUUCGACCCAGGUUUUGCUGCUUAUGUAGGAUUUAUGCACAUUGAAAAUUCUCACAAUCAUCCAGUAGUACUGGUACUGGUCAGAAUUCUGAUGGCGAGUCGGAGGACUAAACUUAAAUCACUGGUCGUCAGUGCUGGUGUUAAUUUCUGUGCGGUAAAUGACACCCAAUUACAAAAUCGAUUGGCCGAUGUGGACGGGGCCAGAAGAAGGAAGGCUGCUCGUUUUAAUUGGCAUGUUACUUACACCUUAAUACAUAAUCCCGAAUUAAGGCUAUAUCGUAAAGGGUACCUGCAAGCUUUAAAGAAAGCACAAGAAGAAGGGUUGUCUGUGCCGGCUUCAGACAGUCUGUUGCCAGAUCCCGCUUUUUUUCUUAAAAAGGAACAAGGUGGAAAAUAUAGAGAAAAGGAAACCGAACUUCCAGUCAAAGGACAUUAUGAUAAUAGUGUGUAUGUUUAAACAAGCCAUCAUUGAGACUGAGGCCCCCCGCCAAAAUCCCUUAAAGAUUCAUUAUGGGAGAUUCGAUAAUGAGUAAUAGUUAAAAACUAGAUAGGCCUAAUGUAAAGGCAAUUUGCUGAAAAUUUCAUACAAAUUGAUCCACUAUGAACCGAGAACUAAGCUGUUGAAAUUUCCGGCUAGCCUUGAUCAUCAUUACUAAAGUCGGUACAAUAAACAGCAUAGUCUGGAUUAUCCAUUUAAUCGUUAAAUCGUGAAGGAAAGUUAUGCAGUAAAUUGGCUCAUAAUCCACUAAAGAUCGCAGGCUAGCUAUGCCGUGUAGAGUUGAUUAUGGUCUGGAUAGGUUAAUUAAUGUCUAAUUAAUAAUUUAGAUAACAUUUCAGGCCUAAAGAAAGACCUGCAAUAGACAGAUUUAGCUCUUGCAAAAUGUAUGUUUAAAUAAAACGCAAAUUUUUUUUUUCAAAAGUAUCAAGCAAUCAACUAUAUACACUAAGUUUCAUCACUCUCUAUCAGAUAGAAUCAAAGUUAUCUUGUCCCAAAGCAUCGACCAAUGAAAUUUCUUAGUCCUGCUUAGCUUUAGCUCGAAAUGUUAAUCAUUGAACUCAGUCAAGACAUUCACCUAAUAAAAAUCCACAUCAAGUUUAAACAUUCUACCUUAAUAAAAA